UCUUCUGCAAUGGCGCUCUCAGAAAACCCUAAUUUGAUAACUCUCUUGCAUUUUGCCUGAAGCCAUGUCGUGGAGAAAGGCUAGGGAGCCCAAGGAGGAGAAUACAAACCUUGGAUCAGCUGUCCAAGAAGGCGAGUAUGUUUUUGGAGUGGCUCACAUUUUUGCUCCUUUCAAUGACACAUUUAUACAUGUGACAGAUUUGUCUGGAAGGGAAACAAUGGUUCGCAUUACGGGUGGGAUGAAGGUGAAAGCUGAUAGGGAUGAGUCUUCCCCUUAUGCAGCCAUGCUUGCAGCUCAAGAUGUUUCUCUAUGCUGCAAGGAGUUGGGUAUUACAGCCCUUCAUAUAAAGCUCCGUGCUACUGGAGGUAACAAGACCAAGACACCGGGUCCUGGUGCCCAGUCGGCACUUAGAGCCCUUGCUCGUUCAGGCAUGAAAAUCGGGUGCAUAGAGGAUGUUACCCCUAUUCCUACUGAUAGUACCCGGAGAAAGGGUGGCAGACGUGGAAGAAGGUUGUGAUUUUUCGCUUCAUAUCUGCUACUCAGUUGCUGCUGCUGCUCCUUCGACACUGGGAGUUUGUUUUUGAAAUAAAUUUCUGGUUCAAGUUUGCUUUACCCUGUUCUGUUGCACAUUUAUAGACCCUAAAUGGUGAUGGAUUUUGAUAUUGAAUCUCGAUUUAGA